AUGGCUUGGCAUCACCUCAACAUCACGGACUCUCACCUGGUCUACGCCCUUUUGGGUGGAUUCACCACCUUGUUCAUGCUUUGCUCCUCCUUCAUCAAGGAGCGCAUGUACAUUGGUGAGGCUACCGUGGCCACCCUCGCUGGUGUCAUCUUUGGCCCGUAUUGCGCCAACCUUAUCGACCCCAACAGCUGGGGAUCCACCGACAUCGUGACCAUUGAAUUCUCGCGAAUCGUUCUCGUGGUGCAAUGUUUCGCCGUCGGUGUCGAGUUGCCAAAGUACUACAUGGAGAAGCAUUGGCGAUCCGUGGUGUACCUGCUCGUGCCAGUCAUGACCUCUGGCUGGCUGAUCACCAGCCUCUUCAUCUGGUGGAUGAUAGUCCCAUUCAAUUGGCUCGACAGUCUGGUCGUUGCGGCCUGCGUCACUGCCACCGAUCCAGUACUGGCUUCCUCCGUUGUUGGCAAGGGCAAGUUCGCCAAGCGCGUGCCCAAGCAUUUGAGAGAUCUUUUGUCUGCCGAAUCUGGCUGCAACGACGGCAUGGCAUUCCCGUUUGUGUACCUCUCUCUGUACUUGAUUCAGUUCAACAGGAAUGCUUCCGAUGUCAGCUUUCGUUUCGUUGUAUAUGUCAUCUUGUACGAGUGCGUGUUUGGCGCGGUGUAUGGCUUCGUCAUUGGCUACAUUGCCCGUCAUGGUAUCAGAUACGCCGAAAGGCACGACAUGAUUGAUCGCGAGAGUUUUCUUGUCUUCUACUUUGUCGUGGCGCUCUUCUGCGCUGGCACGGGCAGCAUCCUUGGAUUGGACGACUUGUUGGUGGGUUUCGCAGCUGGUGUCGGCUUCUCCAACGACGGGUGGUUUCUGGAGAAGACCGAGGAGUCGCACGUGUCCAACGUCAUUGAUCUUUUGCUCAACUUGACAUACUUUGUGUACCUUGGCACCAUUAUCCCCUGGGAGCAGUACAACAGCGGUGUCGAGGGCCUGUACGUCUGGCGCCUGGUGGUCAUCGCCAUCUUUGUCAUAUUCUUCAGACGGAUACCGGUCAUGUUGGCGUUGAAACCAUUCAUACCGGACAUCAGAACCUGGAGAGAGGCACUCUUCGCAGGACACUUUGGCCCCAUUGGAGUUGGGGCUAUCUUCGUCGCGAUCCUCGCACGAGCUGAGUUGGAGCAUGGCGAACCAGUGCCACUGGCUGCUUUGCCGAACUCUUCCGCCCCUGAGUUCAAACUGAUCUACCUUGUAUGGCCAAUCGUCACUUUUAUCGUCAUAACUUCGAUCAUUGUGCACGGUUCCUCGAUCGCUGUCUUUACAUUGGGCAAACGCAUCAAUACCCUGUCUUUGACGAUGUCCUAUACCGCCGCCCCGGACGAUGGUCCCUCAUGGAUGAACCGUCUUCCUCGGAUAUCUUCAACCUCUCGCUCACAAGCCAAAAUGUCCGAAGGGUCCAUGGAGAAGGAGCCGGAGUUCCCUGCCGACACUUUGGCGCCCCCUGGCGGUUUUCUGCGACGUCGGAAAGAGGAUGAUGAUUCAAGGCGUGGGAGCCGUGCAUCUUCUUUGGCGUCGAGAAGGCGAAAAUCGAGGAAAAGCGACGCGGGUGGCCCCAUCUCGCAAUCUGCUAUUUACCCCAGUCGUGAAGGCUCGGGAAUGAUGAGCCCCGCGAGCCCCGAAAGAGCCCUGUCACCUGAUGCCGAGACACGCACGGGAGGCAAUGACUUCAGCGAUGUGACGGCCAUUGAUAGGCUCAAGGAGCAGGGUGCGCGUAUGCCUGAAGACGGCCAUGAAGCUUCUCAGCACAGACAGCGACCUAGACAAAUUGAGGUGUAUGAGGAAGGGCAUGAGAUGGUGUUUGAGGAUCAAGACGGCGAAGUCCUUGACGUGCAGCCGAGCGGCCGUGAUGAAGACCAGGAGCACGACGACGACGAGCUGCCUGCACCGGUAACGCAGACACCAUCCCGGCCAUGGACUCUAGGCAACAUCAGGCGAAACGUCAGCACGUUCUAUACCACGGAAAUGGAAAAGCGCAAGAGCAAGGAGGCUUCGGCCAGGCGCCACGAGCCUGCACGGGCCUACCAAUUCGGCAAUACGAUCAUCGUCGAGGAUGAAGAUGGCGAAGUCGUCAAGACCUACCAGAUCCCCGCCGAGAAGGACGAAGGGCAGUCUGACCGGCUCAAUGCCAGUCUUAAAUAUGUUGGGCUCGGUGGCUUAGCCUCGAGACAGCAACCGGCGUCUGCUGCGACAGACGCUGAUGCGGGCGAGAGCACUACAGCCGCACAGGGUCGGCCGGCCGCUCGUGGGUGGACCAGCUUCUUAGGCAGGGGCAAGACGCCUGCAGCUGAGGAGCCAGGCAAUCCCAUGGACGACGACAAGAAGAUCCGAUUUACAAUUGGUGGCGAGGGCCGACGCAUGACCAAGGAAGACUUCAUUCGCGAGGUACAGAAGCUCGAUGCUAGCACACGGAAGCAGGUUGUCGAGGAUUCAAACGCAUCUCGCAAGCUCAAGGCCAUGGCCAGACAAGAUCCGGCGCUCGUUCCACCGAUUCUCGAACAUCAGCCUAGCGACGAGGAGCAACCGCGAGGUUCCUCCUCCUCAUCGAUGGCGAAUAAGGUGACGCCAUCCGAUGACAAUGUUGAGACGGCAGCGGAAAGGAGAAGGCGGCUCGCGGUGCUCGCCUCGCAAGGGGACGAUGAAGACGAUGACGAGUACGGGGAAACACCGGCCGAAAGGAGGCGGCGACAGGCUGCCCUUGGUACAACGGAGGACGACAGUGAUGAAGAAGGGGCCAGCGCUGCACAGAACACGCGGAUUCGGUUUGCGGAGCCCGAGAGAGGGAGACGAUGA